AGGUGAUAGUUUUCUAACCACUUGAAUGGUUAAUGGGUUUGUUGAUGGGAGCUGAGCCUCACCCUCGCUCUGCUGUUCACCUUCAACCCCAACACACCUUCCAUCCCAAGUCCUAAAAAACCUAACCCCCCGAAGAGAAAAGAAAAAAAAGACUAGCCAUGGAUUCCAGCCAACCCCACCCCUCUAAGCCCUCUGCCUCCAAACUCCCCAUCAAGCGUAAAGCCCCUCACCACCCCCAGUUCUUCACCCCAAAACUUGAAUACCAACCCAUCAUUCUUCCUCCCCCCAAACCCAAACCCCAACCCCAAACCCCCCCUUUCAAAUUCCAACGGAUCUGGUCAGAGCCCGACGAGAUCCGUUUCCUCCAAGCCCUUCUCCGAUCCCAUCCUCUCUCUUUCCCCAAAGACCUCCCACUUUUCUACUCCUCCUUUUCCCACUCCAUGUCUCAACCUUAUACCAAGUCCCAACUCUCCGAAAAGCUUAGGAGACUUAGGAAAAAAUUCGGGGUCGUUUCCUCUAGGCUGGCUCGAGGCUUGAACCCUUCUUCUCUCUCUCUUCAUGAUCGAGCUCUGUUUGAUCUUUCUAAAAGGCUUUGGAGCCCCGAGUUUGCUUCAUCAUCCCCUUUUGGUAAGAACAGUUCCGGGUUUAAUGGCGUUGCUGGGAAUGGUUUUGAUGAUUGUGACACAAUUGAUGAUGACGGGGAAGUGAAGAUUAACGGGGUUAGUUUGCAUUAUGAUUUUGCCGCGGGAAGGGAUGAGGUCACUAGUCGCGAGACAAUUGAUGGGGUGUUGGCGAAAGGCGUGUUGAAUGCGUUCGAUGAGUGUCUCAAGGAGGUUCGGAUGAUGUUCAUGAAGCCGGGUGUGGUGUGCAUGGAUACAACGGAGAGGAAGUGGAAGGAGCAAAGGGUUUCUGAGUUUGACGUGUUGGGUAGGCGGCUGAGGCUGGUUAUCGAGAAUUCUUUGACUAGGCGAUGAGUUUUUCUUCUAAAACUGGUCGAAUAAUUGAGAUGAUAAAAAUCCAGCCCUUUGUAGAUAAAUUUUCAGGUUGGUUCAUGUUUCGAUGUUCUUCCAUAUUGGAGUGUUUUUUUUUUUUUAAUAGAAGUCUGAUUUUUUCUUUUACAUGGUAUACUUGUGAGCUUCAAAUGUUCAUGGAAUCCCCUCGUCUUCAGUAGUUAUUGUUGAUAAAACUGGUGGUUAUUGCUCAUCAGUUGGGAUGAUAAACUUUUCUUGCUGUUGCUCAUUAUAGCAGAUAAAUUUUCAGGUUGGUUCAGGUUUCAAUGUUCUUUCAUAUUGGAGUGUUUGUUGAUAAAAAAUCUGAUAUAUUAAUAUUGUGAGCUUCUAAUGUUAAUGAAGUUUCUUUGAGUUCAAA